GAAUCCUACUUGCUGUCAAUGAGAAUUUGUUUUGCAAAGCUAUAUUAUCAACGAAAUUAUCUCAUAUGAAAUAGGAAAAAGUGCAAAGAUCUCCUGCUUUUGAAACAAAUUUGAACAACGAUUGAAGCGCGACGUUACAAAUUCACUUGAAUGAAAUGAAAAUUGAACCUGUUCAACUUUUAACAAUUCAAUUGAGUUGUCAAAGCAUAUAGCAUUGUCAUAAUAAUAAUCAUGCUUAUGUGUAAUUAAUAUUCAUGCUUACAGUCGUAACCGCCAAUUUAAUGGGAAAAUUUGCGCCAAAAGAAUUCAUAGCCAGAGAUUCCUAUUGCGCAUGACCUGGAACGAAACCUGUCAUGUUUUCUCUCUACCACGGUCCUACCCAGCAAUUCAUCGAUGUUGUUUGUUUAUUUCCAUCCAACAGGAACAAGUCAAUUGGCAUCAAUCUGUUACAUUACUAAUAAAUUUAUAUCCAUCUAGCUUAACUAGUUCUUUAAAAGAUGUAGAACAACCCCACGGGGUAGUUCGUGGUUUCAAUACCGACUUAUAAGAAACAAGCGUGUCUACGUAACAUGUUCAUCCAGAUUUCCUAGGCCAUGUCCAGCUUUGAGUUCCUCCCCUUUGAGAUUUGUUGUAUGAUCUUUGACUAUCUAAGCGUAUCGGACCUGAAAAAUGCUUCCCUUACCUGUCGAAGGUGGUGUCACAUCAUCUUCUCCGACUAUUACAUUCGGCGAUUCAUGCUCCGGAUCAACCUGCACAGGUCCGACCGGACCCGGAUGGUUAAGGCUGUGGGAUCUCCAGUAUUGUCGGAAAGAUCUCGGGUCAGCGUUCCUAGUUCAUUCCCUUGUUCGCUGUAUCAACGCUGCCGGACAGGAAAGGCAAAAUCGAAAUGUGAACUUCGCCAUAUGUCGAUGGUACUGCGGCGGUCCUGUCGUCACUACAACAACAUUACUUUUGUGUGCGACAAUAGGAGUGAGUUCACCGACAACGUGUUCAACGUCAUCCUAAACUUACUCAGACCUAGCGGUCUGGAGCGUGUUGAAAUUUUAAAAAUCAUUCUCUCUUCAAAUUUGAACGUCCUCGUUACUAUAUUGAACAGUGCAAUCAGAAAUAUGACACGAUUACGAAGUUUUCAUUUGAUUUAUGAUCCUCAGCGAAGGUUGCAAUGCGGAGAUCAGGUUCGACCCUGUGUAGUGAUAGAAAGCCAAACCAUUACGCACAUAGAGCUGAAAUCGGUCAUUCCGGAGCAGAUGCGUCUACCGAAAUUAAACUCACUAGACGUUAGUCUACAACCGGGCAUCGCCGGCAUAAUCGAAAGUGUAGCGCACAAUCUGACAACACUACAGCUUCAACUUGAUUGCACUUCGGCAAACUGCGGGGAAGAGGAAAUCUACGCCCUAACACUGGAUCAAUUGAAAACCCUUAAACUCAGUCGCGGCAUAAUGAACGAAUUCAGCUUCCCAAUCCCUGUAAGUUCGAAUCGUCCAGGCUUAAAGCUACGUUUCUUCCGGCAUCUGGACAAACUAGAGAAACUCAUUCUGGAGGAAAAAUACACAGCGGAGAACAUAUUUUUGGCAAUCUGUGAAACUUCGCGCAAUCUAGUAGAGCUCAAAAUAGAUCACCUUAAGGUUGUAAACUGCACCGUUCUUGAUAAGCUAUCACUUUUACAGAACCUUAAAAUUCUUUCACUUCCAAAUAUCUAUUCUUCUCACGAAAUCUCCUUCCACUACGUCUAUCUACCAAAGCUGGAGACCCUGCACCUGGAAGUUUUCAAAGACUCAUCCUACUCGUUCAGCAAGUUUGUGAAUUUGAAACGCCUUACGGUGGGGUCAUACUCGUCGCAAGCACCGGAGGUGAUCGACAUCAUUUCGAUGCACAUUCAGCGGCUGCACGAGUUGCGGUUGUACUUUCUGGACUACGCCGGAGUACCAUCGCGGACGUUCCGCAAAUUGACCUACUUGGGUCAGCUGCGAAAGCUGGAGCUGAUCAAGGGCCAUCUGCGGCGGGAUGUGUUCGGCCGGUGUCCACCGGGUUUGAGUGCCCUGGAGACGAUCGUGUUUAACUUCUGUCAGUUGGACACGGAACACUUUGACGGAAUGCGGGAGAAGUUUCCGAAGCUGAAGGACGUACGCUUCGUGGACUGUUUAGUGCGGGGACAGUUGCCGUACUCGGAGGUAAGGCUGAGCUAUCGCUGAGGGGAGCGGUAAAAGGUGUGACUUUUAUGGGAUGGGAAAAAUUUUAAAUAAUUUAUCGUUAAUAAAGAU